AUGUCUCUAGGCUUUGGAACUAGUGCUAAAUCAGGCAACGAAAAUAUUAAUACACGUUUUCUGAAGACAUAUGAACAAAUUGAAUUAUUAUUGUCUCAAACAAAGCCCCAGCCAGUAUCAUUAUGCGCAAAAGCUGCUGCCAUCGAGGCUUAUGAUCAUUUAAGAUGUCAUCAUUAUAUAAGUGAAGCAGAACAGUUAGUGAAUUUACUGGCCAAACCACAUAUUAAGUCUUUAUUACUUUGUCAUGAUGGGAUAGCGAAUAAAGCCUAUGGACCAGUUCUGCCACAAAUAUCACCAGAGGUGGACGAAGAUGACAUCAGCAUUAAAAUUGUAAAUUUAAUUAAGAAACACGAACCACUUGGUGUCACAAUGAAAAUCAACGAAAGAAAUGGAGCCGUAUUGGUUGCUCGUGUUAUGCAUGGUGGAGCUGCGGAUCGUACAGAUGCUAUUGAUGUCGGAGAUGAAAUUCAAGAAAUUAACGGUGUCACUGUACACGGUCGAGAUCCGAUGGAGGUGAUAAGGAUGUUGACUACAAUUUCUGGUGAUGUAAAGUUGAAAUUGGUCCCAUCGAAUGCGAAAAAGCAACAACCAGAAAGGAAUCAAAUGCAUAUUCGAGCUUUAUUCUCCUACAGUCCAAGUUCAGAUUCAUUAACCCCAUGUCCAGAAGCUGGUCUCGCAUUUUUAAAGGGUGAGAUCCUACGAGUAGUCAAUUCAGAAGAUCCAAACUGGUGGCAAGCUGUAAAGGUUGAAUUCCCCCUCAGUGGAGCUGUUUCAUUUGUACUAGGCAGUAAUAUAACACAACCAGGAUUAGGAAGAGCUGGUCUAAUACCGAGUAAAAUGAUGCGAGAAUGGAAAAUACAAUAUCACUUCAAUGCAUUGCAUAAAAAUGGAGGACAAGAUAUGCAAACUAACGAUUCAUUAUCAUAUGAAGAAGUGGAACGUUAUUUCCCCGAAGAAGGUUGUUAUCGACCGAUUGUCUUAGUAGGACCAAGUGGUGUAGGCAAGUCAGAGUUAAUUGGCCAGUUGAUUAGUACAGAUCCAGAUCAUUUUCGUGAACCAAUCAGAAUAACCACAAGGGAACCAAAGCCGAAUGAGGUACACGGAGUUGAUUAUUUAUUUGUAACUAAAGAUGAAUUCAAUACAUUCCUUGAAGCUGACAGCCUAAUAGAUCCAUGUGAGGCGUCUAACAAUUCCAUGACAGGAUUGUGUUUAGAUGCAGUGCUGGAAAUUAUUCAAGCCGGUCAGGUAGCUGUCUUCGAGGCAGAUUAUCAUAAUUUGGUAUCACUCAGAUCGUCAACACUGAAACCAUUCAUAAUAUUUGUUAAACCGCCAACAUUAGACGUCUUACUGGAAACUCGACAGUCUUAUAAAACCGGUACACCAGUACACAAUGACGCAAAUUCAACAACAGAAUCAUCACCAACUCGUUCUGUACCAACAACUCCAUAUAUGACCAAUCGUACAAUAACUGGUUGUUUCGCUCCUGUAACAAGAAAUCGUUACAGUUGGAAGAAAACUUCUAGUGAGUUGAAUCAAGAAGAAAAAGUGUCUGUAUCGUCAUCUAUGGACAAUAUACUUGCUAUGGAUGUGCAGAAGAAGAUGUCACUUUCUGAGACACAACUUCAUGAAAUGAUUCAAACAGCAGCUCGUUUAGAAGUAACUCAUGGUCAUCUAUGGGAUUUCGUAUUAGUCAACGACGACCUACCCGUUGCAUUGGAACAAUUAUCUGAAAUGGCCUAUCGGAUUGAAACAGAGGCAUUUUGGGUGCCAAGAAUUUGGUUGAAUUCAACAACUGAUUACUACAGCUCAGAGAACAAUCGAUCCUGUGCUGAUGCAGCUGUAGACACAAUGUGUACAACUGUUGUUCAGUGA